AUGUCUGAGAGGGGAGAAACUGCGAGUAAUCAAUCAGAGCAGGUUCUCAGAGAGCGCUGUGACGCUCUUCAGCGGCAGCUCAACGAAGAGUACGACCGAGCUGGGAAUUUGGAGCAGAAAUACGACAAACUCAAGGACGAGAACGCCCGCUACAAGAACGAGUUCGAAAAGCUCAAGCGCGAACGAGAAGACACGGAAUACGCGCUCAAGAAGAGCGAAGAGACACUCGUGGAAGAGCAGAGCACCAUCAAGGCUCUCGAGGCGCGCAAUGUCAAGCUCGACCACGAACUCGCGCUCAAGGAAGCUGCCCUCAAAGACAAAGACAACCAAAACGCCAAUCUCGCCGCCGAUUACCAACAGCUUCAUGCCCAUUACAGCGACAAGCUCGGCGAACUCGACGACAUACGCGUCAAACUCCUAGAGAAAAAGUUGGAGUUCGACGAUCUGCAGGAUCAAUGGUCAACGGACCAGAAACGGAUCGCGGACCUGGAGGAGGCUAUACAAGAACACGAGGACUCCAACCUGGUCGCCGAGCUUGAGAACGACAUCGCUGGACUCCACGCCAUACAGGAGCAGGACUCCAGGACUAUCAUUGUCAAAGAUGAGCGUAUUAGUCACCUGGAGGGCUUGCUUCAGAAGGAGCAGCAGCGCACCCUUCACAACGCCGACGAGGCUGCUCGAACGGCCGCUGCCUCUCCAGUCGACGACCAAAGGCAUAUCGGCAGCUUGGGAGGCACACUCGAAGAUGAAUUCUCUAGCCUGAUGCUCGACGAGAGCGACUUUAUCGACUGCGAGCCCAGCGAAUACGAGCUUGAAAUACAGUCACUCUCCGCCGUGCACGUAGCUGCCAGUGUCACGCCUGUUGCUGCACGUGUGCCUGAGAGCCAGAUCGAUAUAAGCCAGGCCGCCAGCGUGGAACCUCGCAACCCAGCCCCCGCACCACCAUGCUCUAUCGUUGUCAACAAGGCUGGCAGCACUCAGCCUGUGGCUGUCAAGACGUCUAUACACGCCAUUGCUGUAAGCAAUGCCGCCAGUGUCGAACCCCGCGAUCCAAUGCCGCCGCCGCCGUCCACCAUCGACGUCAGCGAGGCCGCCAGCACCGCGCCUAAAGCCGUGAGGGUGCCCGAACAAACAACCGGGUUUUACACGACCUUGAGCACUUCGCCUAUCGAGCCGCCUCGUGUUCAACUCUCCUUGUGCGACGUGCAAGGUAUUGUCAGCUUUGCGCCUGACCAGCCUGCUAUUGCGCCUUUGGACUACUCCCCUCAGAAUGCUGCCAGCACUGAGCCCAUCGAGCCUGCUCGUGUUCCUCUCUCCGUCCUCGAUGCUCAUCAGAUCGCUAGCUUUGCGCCUGUUCAGCCUGCUGGUGCGCCACUGGAUUACUCCCCCCAGAACGUGGCCAGCACUGAGCCCGUCGAGCCCGCUCGUGUUUCCCUCUCCAUUGUCGAUGUUAAUCAUAUCGCGAGCUAUGCGCCUGUUCAGCCUGCUGGUGCGCCUCUGGAUUACUCUCUUCAGAACGCAACAAGCACUGAGCCUGUCGAGCCCGCUCGCGCUCAUCUCUCCAUGGUUGAUGUCCAUGACAUCGCUAGCUAUGCGCCCAAACAGCCCGCUGGUACACUUCUGCGCCUGCAUGAACAGACAUCAGUCAGUACUGAGCCCGUUGAACCAGCUCGCGACACCCUCGCUUUCGAUGACGUGUACGACGUUGCGAGCUUUGCGCCCAAACGGCCUGCGUCUGUUGCCUCCACAAUCUCCAGACACGAGAUUGCCGACUUUGCGCCGAAAGAGCCUAGCCUUCCAUUGCUCACUGUGGACGUGACUGAAGCUGCCAGCACGCGUCCGGUUGUCCGCCAGAUCACCAGCGCCGAAUUUUCUACCCAAACCGACGCGCCUGCUACCACCAACAACUUCUCCACUCAGACCGACGCGCCCACAACCACCGAUCUUGCUAUCCAGACCGACGCGCUUGUUGUCGCCACCACCGAAUCGUCUGCGCAGACCGACGCACCUGCGCUUACGAGCCAGCUCCUGGCUCACACGGCUCUCGCAACGACCCCAAUUGAACCGACCACCCAGAUUACGAUUGCCAGGCCUAACAAUCAUAUCACCCCCGUUAUGGUCACUCGCGAAAUCAAACCUGUCGAGCAGAUUCUUCCCAAGCCCGAAUCAGAGCGUCCCAAUACUACGACCGAAGCUCAGGCGCAUACAAAUAAUGACACUGCCGAAGAACGUGUAAUAGCCAAGACAUCGCCCGUCAUGGCUACGCGGGCUAAAAAGGCUCGAUUUGCAGGCUGGAUUCCCAUUUUGUCCACUGUGCUUUUCGCAGUCUGGUCACUCAUCCUCCAAGCCGAGCUGGCUACCUGGAAGAAUGCGAACGGAGUCGGUUUCGGCGGUGGCCAUGGUAACGUAGCUAGCCGCAGUGGUGCUCACGGCAAUGGUCGUGACCUCUUCGGUGACAUUCCCAUCGGCAUGAACAUUGGCAAUUCGUGGGUGUCGGAGCAGAUUGCGCAACGCAUGUCUGUGGCCAUGUCAUUCCUCGAAGAUUGGGUUGGCGUUGUAAACGAGCCCAUGUACUGA